AAACUUUUGACAGCUGUUGUCGUUGCCGAGGCUGAAGUAGCAAUUUUAAAGAAUCUAUUAAAUUACUAACUAAACUCUAACAAUGGCUCAAGUUCCUUUGGCAGCUUGCUCGCACAAGCGCCAGGUGUGCAGUCUGUACAAGAGGGCUCUUCGCAAUUUGGAGGCCUGGUACGAUCGACGCCCCGAGUACCGCUACCAAGCUGUCCUGCUGCGUGCCCGUUUCGACCAGAAUCGCUGCAAGGACAUUGGCGAGGGCGUCAGUCUGGUGGCCUGUGGAGAGAAGGAGCUCUUCGAGACGAAGCACUACCAGCCACGAUGCUUCACCAAUAGCAUCGGUGGCAUCGCCUUCGAACGGGAAGUUGUCCCGCCUGACUGGAUGCUGGACUACUGGCAUCCCCUGGAGAAGGCCCAGUACCCCGAGUACUUCGCCAAGCGGGAGCAGCGCAAGAAGGAGUACGUCACCUGGUGGGAGAAGCAGUACUGCAAGCCGAAUCUACAGGAUCACUAAUCCAAGAGUAUCCUAAUCAAGUCACAUGCCAUCUUUGUUUUUAAAUAUAAAUCUGUUGGAGCUCAAAGUAUGUGCUAUAUAAUGGCCAUGAUAUGUAACAGGAUUCAGUUGAACAUAUUUUCUCGAAAUAUACUUAUUUAACCAA